CUCUCCAAUUGUUGUACACGUUGGUCGCGUUGGCUGAAUGCAGGCGCUGGACUAACUAGUUGUAGGGAUGUUUGCUGCUGAAGAAAAUGUUGACUUUCGUAUUCACGUAGAAAAUCAAACAAGAGGAAGAGAUGACGUGAGUAGAAAGCAGCUUCGGCUCUACCAACUCUAUAGCAGAACAAGUGGGAAACAUAUACAAAUAAUAGGAAGAAGAAUAAGUGCAAAGGGAGAAGAUGGAGAUAAGUAUGCCCAGCUUCUAGUGGAAACUGACACAUUUGGCAGUCAAGUCCGGAUAAAAGGAAGAGAGACAGAAUUUUACCUUUGUAUGAAUAGAAAAGGAAAGAUUGUUGGAAAGCCCGAUGGAUCUAGCAAGGAAUGUGUCUUCAUUGAAAAAGUGUUAGAAAAUAACUACACGGCUUUGAUGUCCGCUAAAUACACUGGCUGGUAUGUUGGAUUUACAAAAAAAGGAAGACCACGCAAAGGUCCGAAAACUCGAGAAAAUCAGCAAGAUGUUCAUUUUAUGAAGAGGAAUCCUAAAGGUGUAGUGGAGCUACAGAAGCCUUUCAAAUAUACUACAGUAACAAAGAGGACUAAAAGAAUACGCCCCACAAAGCCAGGUUAA